CAGCAGAUCUUCAGAUGCAUUGUAAUAUUGCUGGAGAACAUAAACUCUCGAGCACAAUGCUUCGACAUCUAUAAUGGCGUGUUGACUUUCCGAUGUGACUUCGGUGAGGAUCAACUAUUGUGGGGAUCCCGAAAACAGAGAUGUAGUCUGUACUCUGGUCUGUGGGCAGACUCUGAGGUCUCACUAUGCUGCUCUAUCUGCUGUUGGUCUUUCAAACGAAGGUCAAUGCCCAGAUAGACCCAGCUCAGUGUCGUUAUCCUCUCGGUAUGGAGGACGGGAGGAUCAAAAACGAUGACAUCACUGCCUCUAGCCAAUGGUAUGAAACCACUGGCCCUCAGUAUGCAAGGUUGAAUAGAGAGGAGGGUGAUGGUGCCUGGUGUCCUGCUGGUCAGCUGCAACCCUCUGAUGUUCAGUAUCUUCAGCUGGACCUUCGUCAGCUUGUUUUCCUCACCAUUGUUGGUACACAGGGUCGAUACGCACGCAACUCUGGUAACGAGUAUGCACGCAAGUACCGUAUAGAGUACAGUCGUGAUGGACACCGAUGGAUCUCCUGGAAAAACCGCUUUGGCUAUGAGAUUAUAAUGGGCAAUGUAAACACAUAUGACUCUGUGGUGAGAGACCUCAAUCCUCCAAUCAUCACUCGUUUCCUGAGGCUGAUUCCCGUCACUGAUGCUGUACACACUGUGUGUAUGAGAGUGGAGCUGUUUGGAUGUCCCUGGUUUGAUGGCCUGAUGGCAUACAGCUCUUCUGAGGGUCAGACUAUGAUGGCUCCAGGCUAUCCCAUUACACCACUCAACGACUCCACAUACGAUGGCGCUCUAGAACGCAGGAAGCUGUCUGGGGGGCUGGGCCAGCUGACGGAUGGUGUGAUUGGUCAGGAUGAUUUUGUGCAGAGGACUCGGUACAGCUUGUGGCCCGGAUACGACUAUGUGGGUUGGAGGAAUGAUAGCUUGGGCCCUGGAUAUGUGGAGAUGGAGUUUCAGUUUGACAGACAACGAAACUUCACUUCUAUGAAGGUUCACAGCAAUAACAUGUUCUCUCGGGGUGUGAAGAUCUUCGCAUCCGUGUCAUGUGUGUUUAAAACACACCUCAUCUCAGAGUGGGAACCCAAGCCGGUGGAGUUCCACACCGUCUUAGACGACCGGAAUCCAAGUGCUCGCUAUGUGACCGUUCCGUUGAACCACAGAACAGCUGCGGCUCUGCGCUGCCGCUUUUACUUUGCCGAUACUUGGAUGAUGUUCAGUGAAAUCUCAUUCCAGUCUGCAACUAAUGUACUUCCUACCCAGAGGCCCCCAGUGUUGACUCCUCCUUCAUAUGAGGCAGACAUCAAUUUACAGUAUACUACACAAAAAACAGAGGACAGGACAACACCAUCAAAGACGGGUUCUCCUGAAGAGGGCAGUACAUCAAUUCUGAUUGGCUGUCUGGUGACUAUUAUUCUCCUGCUGGUGGUAAUCAUCUUCCUGAUUCUCUGGUGCCAAUAUGUGUGCAAAGUCCUGGAGAAGGCUCCAAGGCGCAUUUUAGAGGAGGAGGUGACUGUCCGUCUUUCCUCCUGCAGUGACACUAUAAUCCUGCAGACUCCCCCAGUGCCCCCCCGCAUCUCCCUCGACCCCCCGUAUGAGAGGAUCUUCCUGCUGGACCCCCAGUAUCAGGAUCCCGCGGCAUUCAGGAACAAACUGCCAGAGCUGUCUCAAAGCGCAGAGGACUCUGCCUGUAGCGGCGGUUAUGCUGAGCCAGAUGUGACUCUAUGCACCCCACACCAGUGUUUUCAAAGCAGUGUGCCUCACUAUGCUGAGACUGACAUCAUCAGCCUGCAGGGAGUCACUGGCAGCAACAUGUACGCCGUUCCUGCCCUCACUGUCGAUUCCCUCACGAGGAAGGACAUCUCUGUGGCGGAGUUCCCUCGAAAGAGACUGCUGUUUAGAGAGAAACUGGGAGAAGGCCAGUUUGGGGAGGUACACCUGUGUGAGGCAGAAGGUUUGGCAGAGUUUCUGGGAGAAGGUGCCCCAUUACCUGAGCAAGAUGGUAGGCCGGUGCUGGUAGCGGUUAAACAGCUCAGAGCGGAUGCCACCAGCAAUGCCAGGAAUGACUUCCUGAAGGAGAUUAAGAUCAUGUCUCGUCUGAAUAACCCGAACAUCAUUCAGCUGCUGUGUGUGUGCGUGAGCUCGGACCCUCUCUGCAUGGUGACGGAGUACAUGGAGAACGGAGACCUCAACAUGUUCCUGUCCCAGAGAGAGAUAGAGAGCACCCUCACAUAUGCCAACAACAUUCCAUCUGUCAGCAUUGCUGACCUGUUGCACAUGUCGGUGCAGAUUUCUUCUGGGAUGAAGUAUUUGGCCUCUCUGAACUUUGUGCAUCGUGAUUUGGCCACUCGGAACUGUCUUCUGGACCGACAUCUCACCAUAAAGAUCUCUGAUUUCGGCAUGAGCAGAAACCUGUACAGUAGUGAUUACUAUCGUAUACAAGGCCGCGCUGUACUGCCUAUACGCUGGAUGGCCUGGGAGAGUAUCCUACUGGGGAAGUUCACAACAGCGAGUGAUGUGUGGGCAUUUGGAGUAACUCUCUGGGAGAUCUUCACUUUAUGUAAAGAGCAGCCCUACAGCCUGCUGUCUGAUGAGCAGGUCAUUGAGAACACGGGAGAGUUUUUCAGAAACCAGGGAAGACAGAUUUUUCUCUCCGCCCCGCCGCUCUGUCCAUCCUCUCUGUUUGAGCUGAUGAUGCGUUGCUGGAGUCGAGACAUCACCGAUCGGCCCUUUUUUCACAGUUUGUAUCAGGCCCUGCGAACUUUUGCACCCCACUCAUGACUGACACCUGCUCUACUUAACCUGGAGGAGAACUGUGACCAUGACGAAACGUCUGGAAGUAUUCUGACUGUGUCCAGUCAGUGAAGGUAGACAUGGAAAAUUAAAGCCACAAUGUAGCGUCAUCAGAGCAUUAGAAAUCCAGUGGAGAAGAAAUCUACAGAUAAUGAGAUUUUUCCAAAGGCAUUCAUUCAUUUAUUCAUCUCCAUUGGGACUCAGAGUUUCUUUCCAAACCAUAGACACUUGAGAUUUUUAGUUUUUAUUUCCUUUGAGUACAGUUUUCUUUCUUGUCUUUAUCAUAAAUAUGUUUUCGUCAUUUUGUUGUUAUAUCCUAUGUUGAGAAGAUCAGUGACUCCUGAGCCUACUGUAUAUUCUAGGCGUAAAGAACCAACUGGAGGAAUGUUGUAUUUGUCAGAACUGUGGUUGUGUAUUGUUUAGCACUGCUGUCUUUGUUUAUUCUAUUUUAUGUUUUUAUUCAAUGCAAAAAGUCAUUUUCUUAAUUAUUAUUUGUCUUGUUUUCCAGUAAGUAUAUCCAAGCAUCCUUAAAACAACAUAAAUUUACUUAAGAAGCAAAAUGGCAUAAGAUAUUCUUGACUUGUGUUCAGAGAAAUCACACAAAAAUUGGUAAGGCUCAUGCUUAAAACAAGAAAAAACUAUUUGCCAAUGGGAUACAAAAAAAAAAAAUCAACUUGUUUUCCCUUUGAAUUCACUAUUUAUUUCUCUUAAAUUGUGAUAUCAUUUAAAAUUUACAGUGGCAAGAAAAAGUGUGUGAACCCUUUGGAAUUAGAUGGUUUUCUACAUGAAUUGGUCAUAAAAUGUGUUUUCAUCUUUAUCAAAGUCACAAAUACAGACAAUGUGCUUAAGCUAACAACACAUCAGUCCACAAAACAUUUUCCCAGUUACAUUGUGGAGUGUCAAGGUGGUCUUUGGCAAACUUCAGGCAUGCAGUAUUGUUUUUGUUGGAAAGCAGUGGCUUCCUUCGUGGUGUCCUGCCAUGGACACUAUGCCUGUUUUAUGUUUUCUUUAUAGUAGACUCAUGAACCGAAACGUUAACCAGUUCCAAUGUUUCCUUCAAGUCUUUAGCUGUCACUCUAGAGUUCUUUUUUACCUCAUUGAGCAUUCUGCGGUGUGCCCUUUGAAUCAUCUUUGCUGGACGGCCACUUCUAGGGAGAGAAGCCACAGAUCUAAAUUGUCUCCAUUUAUAGACAAUUUGUCUAACUGUGGACAUAUGAAGAUCUAAGCUCUUCGAGAUAACUUUGUAACACUUUCCAGCUUUAUCCAAAGCAACAGUUCUUGACCGUAGGUCUUCUGAAAUCUCUUUUUUUGCAAGGCAAGGUCAACGUCAGCAGAUGCUUCUUGUGAAUAGCAAACUCAAAAUGUUUAAGUGCUUUUUAUAAGUCAAAGUAAUUCUAACCCACACCUCCAAUCUCGUUUCAUAAAUUAUGAUGUAUUCAGUACAAGAUUUUAAGGAUUUAAGACAAAUGUAUAAAUAAAUGCAGGUACUUCCAAAGGGUUCACAUACUUUUUCUUGCCACUGUAUCUUGUUUUAAGGACAUUUAGAUAUUUUUACUAGAAAAAAAAGACAGAAUUGCUGAUGAAGAGAGGGACUUUUUGCCGUGUUUGUCCUAUUUUUGUUCCUUAUUUACCCCCACACUGGAGUUAUUAUGUCUUGUUUAUUCUGAAUCUGUGGAUGGUAUGAUAUUAAGUGUUUUGCUUUCUGAAUAUGAAUGUUAUUUUACAGGUUCUUUGGAUAUAGCCGGGUUGGAGAUUGCUCUGCCUGGAUCUAGCAGAACUACUGUUAUAGUUAGAUUAAAAACCCUUUCAGAGGUGAGAGGGGAGGGUUAUAGAGCCAACAAUGGACUGACGUGCAAUCAGAUGCACUGUUUCUUUCCCCCAACUUAUAACAGGUCACUUUAAAGUCAACAUGAAAUCAAAAUUGACCAUGUUUUCUUGGCCUUAUUUUGCACAAUUUAUCAUUCUGAAGAAAAAGUUUGUCUGAAUUUGUAUGGAAAUGUAAUAACUUGCUCUGUCUAUAAAAAUAACUUUUCUUUUUGGCUGAUGUCACUUAGGUUAUGUGGACUAGUGAUUAAUAUUAACCAAUCGCCAUAUAGAUAUUUAGGCAUUGUUUUAAGCUUCUGUUGUAGGUAAUACAUCUUUUUUUUUUUUUUUUUUAUCUUGCCUGUAGUUAAUACAGUAAUUUAAUGCCAGUUAAUGUGAUAAAUAUUAUCACAAUAUUAUCAAAUGAAAAAAAAGCAUAACCAUUGGUCGAUUUUUUUAUUUAUUUUAUUAUUAUUAUUAUUAUUCUUGGUCAAUAUUCUGUUUCAAAAUAUGUCACAUUUUGGAAGUAAAAUGGGUUGCGAAUGCAUUUCAUGUUGACUUUAUUAUUCGGCAAAAAUGGCAAUAUUUCACCCCAACAGCCAGACAAACCGAAUUCCAACUAAACUGCAAAGCAAAACUCUACAACUCCUCAAUGAUGGCAUACAGUUCUACGAUUGCAUUGUUGUUGAAUCUAGAUGAAUUAAGUCUGUCUGAGGAUGAAAUACUGGCCCAAUUUGAUAUUGUUCAAAGAGAUCCAUUUGAUCUUGAUCUCUGUAGAAGGCACAUUAUUACAGGGGAACAUGUAUGCAAGGUUCAAAUUAUUCAAAGCACAUUUUUACCCAUUUUAAUGUUUUAUAAAUCUGCAUAAUGUCUUAUAAUAUUUUUAGCGAUCAUUUUCGAAAGUUUACGAGACUUGCACCAAGAAAACACUCUUAAAUCUUAAAAUUAAAUCUUCAAAUGAUUUGGUGGACUACGAUCCAACCAAGACCUGGUAUUUCCUUCUUUUUCCAUCAGCUUCUACUAGUUUUGACAGCAUUCCUUUUCCAUAGUUUGUGUUUACUGUAUUUCAGAAAUUGUCUUAAAAUGUACAGAAGUUUUGUUGUUCGGCUGCUGAAAGGUUUCGGCUAUGCAGGAUGUUGGAAAAUCCUCCAAUAGCACUGGGAUUCGGACUGAAUGUUGGUGGAUGGAAAACCAUUAAACUUAACCUCCCAGAA